GCGGUGCCGCGGCCCGGGGGCAGGGCGCUGCGGAGGGGCAGCCACCGCUCGGAGCCCGUCGCGUCGGAAUGUCGGGCGAUCACUCCCGCAGCCUGGGCAAGGGCAGCGCGGCGCCGGGCCCUGUGCCCGCGGGGCUGCUCCGGCUCUACAGCAUGCGCUUCUGCCCCUUCGCGCAGCGGGCGCGCCUGGUUCUCCGCGCCAAGGACAUCAGCCAUGAAAUAAUCAACAUCAAUCUGAAGAACAAACCUGACUGGUACUUUGAGAAGAACCCUUCUGGGCUGGUUCCUGUUCUGGAGACCAGCAAGGGCCAGCUGAUCUGGGAGUCCCCAAUCACCUGUGAGUACUUGGAUGAAGCAUUUCCAGGGAAGAAGCUGAUGCCUUCAGACCCGUAUGAGCGAGCCUGUCAGAGGAUGCUCUUGGAAGACUUCUCAAAGAUAACACCCUUGCUUUUCAAGCAUGUUUUGGCAGUCAAAGAUGGACAGGACACCACUGCACUGAAAGCAGAGAUUGCUGAAAAGUUUGGCAAGCUUGAAGAGGUUCUGUCCAAACGCAACACGGUGUUUUAUGGUGGGGACUCAAUCUCAAUGGUUGACUACAUGAUCUGGCCAUGGUUUGAACGUCUGGAAGCAUUCCAGCUGAAAGACUCUUUGAAUCAUACCCCAAAGCUCCAGCGCUGGAUGGAGGCCAUGAAGGAGGACCCAGCUAUCAAGGCUACAAUAACUGACCCACAGACAUACAAAAACUACCUCCAGCUGUAUCUGCAGAACAGCCCUGAGGCAUGUGAUUAUGGGCUCUGAGGUGCCAGUAGGAACAUGCUGGUUGAAGUGUUAGUGCUGUUUCUCAGUGUGGGAAGUCAGUUUAAUUUGGUUGGGGCUCUUCUGUGGUUGCAUUUCAUAACAGGGAAUAAAUCUGUGCUGAAAAAGUUGAGAAACCUUCUGUGAACUCCACUCCUUCCUGUUGGGGGAAGGAUGUGCUGGCUUCAAGCGGGAGAUGGAAAGUCAUUGUUUGCCAUGAAUACUGCAUAAAGGAAAAUGUCUCUACUGAAGAGGUGAUGGUCUGUGAUCUCUGGCUUCAUUGUAGGCAUUGUAGUGGGCAGUCCCUGAACUGAUGAUGUUACCUGAUAUAAAAGUUGUUGUACCGGUGUCUUGAAAAUGAAUAAAAAGCAAGCAAUGUUGUCUUUAAA